CAACGAAGAAGAGAAAUCAUUCUUAUUUCCGGUAAUCAGCUGUUAGCUGCUGUUUCCACUGUUUGCUGUUGGGUUCUUUAAUUUAUCCCCCAAUUAUCCGAACCGCUCGGUCCACAACCAACCACACCCAACCAGGAUCCAGUCCAGCAGGCGUCCCGGUUCCGACUGACCGCUGGAUCCGCUCCAGAACCCGGAGGAGAAGCGGGACUCCCCCACGGCUCGGAGCUGGAAGCUGCACCGGGGUACAGCUGAGAACAUCUCCACCAAGAGCUUCAGCUGAAGAAUCAGAAGAACCAAAGACCAGAGAGGUUCUGGAGUUCAUCAAGCAGGAGCAGAAUGAUGGAGGAGAAGCUUGAGAUGAAGAUUGAGGUGAAGCAGGAGAGCCACGAGAUCAACAUUGAGGUGAAGACGGAAAACCACGAGAACCAUGAGAUAACGAUUGAGGUGAAGAAGGAGGAGAACCAGGAGCUGAAAAUUAAGGUGGAGGAGGAUGAGGAGGACACUGAGAUGACCUUUGAGGUGAAACAGGAGCAGAAUGAAGAGGUUAAAGUUGAAGAGCAUCAGGAGGAACACCAGGACCAAGAACCGGACCUCCACCCUCUGAACACCACAAACCGGACCGACCCAGCUGCCUCGUCUGGUCCCAGUGAUCUACAGGAACAUGACGACUAUCAACGGACUGGUGAAACCUUCAAUGCACCAACAGCACCAUCAAAAGGAAAGGUUCAUGGUCAAACUUCGUCUAAAGUAAAGGUUCAUGGUCAAAUUUCAUCAAAAGGAAAGGUUCAUGGUCAAACUUCAUAUAAAGGAAAGGUUCAUGGUCAAACUUCGUCUAAAGCAAAGGAUCCUGGUCAAACUUGGGGAAGCAAAUACACCUGUAACCAGUGUGGAGCAACUUUUGAAACAAAUUCUUAUAUGAAGAUCCAUCAAUUGAACCACACUGAAGAGAGACCAUACAGCUGUGGCCAGUGUGGAACAUCCUUUCAAUUUAAAACUAGUUUACAGAGACAUGAAUUGAUCCACACUGGGGAAAGACCAUUCAGCUGUGAUCAGUGUGAAAAGACUUUUAAAAGAACGUAUGAUUUAAGGGUACAUCAAAGAAGCCACUCUGGAGAGAGACCAUAUCGGUGUGACCAGUGUGCUGCAACCUUUCAAAGAAAAGCUAGCUUGACGAUUCAUCAACGGAUCCACACUGGAGAGAGAUCAUACAGCUAUAACAGGCGUAGACCAACUCUUAUAACUACGUAUCAUUUACAGAUACAUCAAAGUAUCCACAAUGGAGAGAGACCGUACAACUGCGAGGAGUGUGGAGCACCUUUUCAAACUAAAUGGAGGUUAAAGAAACAUCAGCUGAUUCACACUGGAGAGAGACCAUACAGCUGCGACCAGUGUAAAGCAACUUUUAAAACACAAUCUGUUUUGAAGAAACAUCAACUGAGCCACACUGGAGAGAGACCGUACAGCUGUGACCAGUGUGAAGCAACUUUUAAAUCCCAAGCUGAUAUAAAGAGACAUCAACGGAUCCACAAUGGAGAGAGACCCUACAGCUGUGACCGUUGUACUGCAACUUUUCAAAGAAACGAUAGCUUAAUUGUGCAUAAACGGAUCCACACUGGAGAGAGACCAUACAGCUGUAACCAUUGUGGAGCAACUUUUCAAACGACAUCCAAUUUAAAGGUGCAUCAUCGAAUCCACACUCGAGAGAGACCAAACAGCUGUGAAGGGACAGAAAGUGUGCAGCUCGAGGCUGAGUAAAAACAAAGUUUCCGGCUGUAACAGUGAAUAACAAUAGUUUGCAAAUGGGGGGGGCAGUACAACAGAAAUGUGUGUAAACGUUGGCCCAGUCAGAGAUGUAAAAGUACAUUUAAGUUCAGCGCUCAGAAAAGCUGAAAAGCACAUGGUGACAACUAAGAAACUUGGUUGGUGGAUUUUAGGACUCCUGGUUAAGCUAAUUUUACAUUGAGUUUUGGAUUCCAUGUAAAUUAUAUGAAUUUGACUAUUUGUGUUCUCUAAAUUCUUAAUAUAACUAAAUUAUGUUCUACAGCUUCUGUUUCAAAAAUAAAGGAACUAUUGACACGA